ACUCGCCGCCCUAGCAUCCGGCGCGCGGCGGUUAAACUGCUGCGCCCAGCGAGGCAACCACUUCCGAGCGCCGGUUGUGGGCGAGGCCUCUCGGAGACUGAGAGACACGAAGGCCCGUGCGACAAGGUGGCUGCAGCUAGGCCGGGGGCGUCAGGACGACGGAGCGGGUUCGGGUCGGUGACACACAGACCUGAGGGAGCUGGGCCCGCCUUUUCCGCCCGCGCCCCAGACCCUUGCAGAUCGAGAUUUGCGUCCUAGAGUGGGAAAACAGCAGAGGCCAGGGCGCCGAUUUUAUUUGGAGAAGCAAGCAUCUUUGCCUCUUUGGAGUAGGACAUUCAGACUUGAAAAAGUUGAAAAUAAUUCCUCUUGGUGGACAUUUAACAAGAGAAGCAGAAGUAUGUUGCUGAGAAAUGAGUAGCAUCAAGUCAGGAACAGGAGGAACAAAGGGACUCCUGCCUUUGCUGCUGAUCCACCAGAACAGCCAUCAGACUCCUCAGACUGCAGCUGGCUCCUGAGCUGCUGUGGUGUAUGGUUGACUCUGUUUCUCGCCAUGUCUUCUCACAAGACUUUCACCAUUAAGCGAUUCCUGGCCAAGAAACAAAAGCAAAAUCGUCCCAUCCCCCAGUGGAUUCAGAUGAAACCUGGUAAUAAAAUCAGGUACAACUCCAAAAGGAGGCAUUGGAGAAGAACCAAGCUGGGUCUAUAAGGAAUUACCCAUGAGAUGGCACACAUAUUUAUGUUGUAUCAAGGUCACGAUCAUCUUACGAUAUCACACUGAAACUGUCACCACUAUCUGGACAGUUGCACGUUUUACUGGGAAUAUUUUUUUCUGUUUUUCUAUAUGCUCUGUGCUAGUAGGGUGGAUUCAGUAAUAAAUAUGUGAAAGCUUUUGUUUCAAA